AUGACCCUCCACCCCGAAGUCCUCUGGGCCCAGCGCAGUUCCGAGUCCGACGAGAAAAAGAACGUCCUCUAUGUGACCGUGAACCUGCCCGACAUCGAGGCGGACACGAUGGACUUCAAGCUCACCCCGACCUCGCUCUCGUUCAAGGCCAAGUCGGGCAACGUCGACAAGGGCCUCGAGGAGAAGGACUACGAGUUUGCGAUUGACCUGUUCGAGGAGAUCGACCCCGAGGCAUCGAGCCGGAAGCUCACGUCGCGAUCGCUGGUGCUCGUCCUCCGCAAAAAGGAGAAGAAGGCGGAGUACUGGCCGCGUCUGACCAAGGAGAAGGUCCGGAACGCGUUCAUCAAGACCGACUUCUCCAAGUGGGUCGAUGAGGACGAGCAGGACGAGAAGACCGCGUUGGACGACACCGAGGAUAUGGAUAUGGGCGGCAUGGGCGGAAUGGGUGGAAUGGGCGGCAUGCCCGGCAUGGGUGGUAUGGGUGGUAUGCCCGGCAUGGGCGGCAUGGGUGGCAUGGGCGGCAUGGGCGGCAUGGGCGGCAUGGACAUCGAAUCGAUGGGUGGCUCCGGUGCUGGCGCCGGCGCGCUGAACACGGACGACAUCGACGACGACGACUCGGAUGACGAUGGCCCGCCGCCACUGGAGGAUGCUGAGCCCAAGGCAUGA